AUGGGCAACUCCAUGGAGCUUCAGGAGCACGUCAAGAUGUUGGAUGAGAACAGCCUCGCCGACUCAACCCAAGAGUUUGAUCGUCAAAAGGAAAGGCGCGUAAGAUGGAAGACUGAUCUCAUCGUUUUGCCACUCUUGGUGUCGAUUCAUCUGCUUGCACAAAUGGGUCGAUCCGAUCUACCUAAUGCCAAACUCGCCGGCAUGUGGCACGAUCUCAAGUUGACUGAUUCAGACUACAGUAUGAUCAGCAGUAUAUUCUUGGUUGGCUAUCUUAUCUGUCAACUGCCUGCAAUGUUGAUUAUGCGGAAAGUUGGACCACCCGUCGAGUUCGCCUGUGCAAUGCUCGCAUGGGGAGUCGUAACCAUAUGUACCAUGAAGGCAACCGGCAAAGUACACCUCAUGAUCCUGCGAGCUCUGGUUGGUGUCUCCGAGGCAUUCAUUCAGGGUGCUGUGCUCUACCUCUCGUUCUGGUACCCUUACAAUGAGUUAGCUACGCGUGGUGCCAUCCUUUACUCCACCGUAGCUCUCGCCGGGUCGUUCAACGGUCUGCUAGGCUAUCUGAUCGAACGCACCCUAGGCGGUGUGAAUGGCUGGACUUCAUGGCAGUGGAUAUUCUUCAUUGAGGGCUGUAUUCCGCUCCUGUGGGCAUUUGUCAUCUUCUUCCUACUCCCAUCGACACCCGAGACGGUCAAAUGGUUCUUCAAGCAAGACGAGAAAGAGAUUAUAAUUCGGCGCAGUCGCGCCGCUCACAAUACCGGCGAGAGCAAGAUUAUCCCCAGACUCAUCCUGAAGGUUGUGACCCAGCCUCAAUUCUGGGGGGUCUUUCUCAUAGACUGUGGCUCACACUUUUGCGCGACUUCUCUCUCAAACUUUAUUCCAUCUAUCAUGCAAGGGUUAGGCUUCGACCGCAUUCAGACUCAGCUGAUGACGGUUAUUGUCUACGGAUCCGCAUUCGUCGGAAUUAUUACUGCCGCCGUCAUUGCUGAUAAGAUCCAAAAGAGGGGCGUCCUGAUCUGUAUUUGUGCUUCUUUUGCCGCCACUGGAUACAUUGUGCUGCUUUUCGCCCCAAACAACACAGUCCGUCUUGCAGCCACUUGUGUAGUUGCUGCAGGAGUUUACCCGAUCAACGUCCUUAGCAUGGUGUGGAUGGCCACAAACAAUGUCGGAUAUACUUUCCGUGCAAGUACAGCAGGACUUAUCAACAUCGUCUCUCAGCUGGUGGCAAUUACGAGCAACUUCGCCUUCGAUGAAGCACCAUAUCGGAUGGGCCUGACCAUAUCGUUGGCCCUGAUAUGCAUGUCGGGAGUAUCGGCGGGCGGGCAAUGGGCAUACUUCAAAUUUAUGAACAAGAAGAAGCUGCAGCAGCAACAUUCCGCGCAUGCUGCGCGCACAAGGCUCAUGAGUAUCGAUGAGAUUGGGAAUGCCCACCCCGACUUCUUCUAUUCUUACUAA